UAUUUUCAUAUGAAAACUCCCAAGGAGUCUGUCUGUAUGUCGAUCAGAGGAUCUUUUUUUAAUCUUGGUAGUGUCAAACUAGAAGAAAACUAUUAAAAUAACGUGAAUCUGGUUUAAAAUCAGUGAUCCAAUGCGUAAUGUUUUUAUUUGAAUGUGCAAAACUAUAUAUUCGUGGGUAAAUUUUGAAAAAUGGAAAACGCAGGUACAGGCGAGAGAUUGUAAUUGUUUUGAAGGAAGCAGCAGCGAAUCGAUAGAAGGGAUUGAUUAUCGUCAUUGCAAACGAAAAAUGUAGUGUGGAAUAGUUAGUUUUUGGUUUGGACAACCUUUCUAUACGCAUUUUGUUCUGAUUGAAUUGUGGCAUUCGGCGCAAACAUGAUUUUUUUAGAAUCUGGUGUUGGCUAGGUGAAAAUCGAAGCAGGUAUGGCUGAUCGAAGGGUGUCGCAAAAUUUUGCGUGAUUGACUUGUCUCUUACGUCUACGCUCAAGCUAAAGCAUCAACAAGAUGGUAACGAAAAAUCAUUGGUUUAUUAGACAUCAUCAGUAUGAUAACUACAAUCAAGUGAAAAAAUAGUCAUAUUCUAUAAAGGUGGAUCCAAAAACAAGAUUUGAUUGAAGUGAACAUUUAACAAAAAAAAAUGAAAAUUAUGUGUACGAUAUGCAACGAGAGGGCGCUCGUGUCAAGGUUGUUGCCAAAACUAAAAUAUGCGACUGGUGUCAUCUAGUGGCAUCAGCUACACAUAACGGUACAUCGCAGAAAUCGAUGAACAUAAAAGGAACAUAAGGAUUUGCAUAUAUGUCACGCAUGACCCCGCGACGGGCAACGACAGCAGUUUUUAUUUCUGCGGAUAAAUGUAAUUCGAGCGAUUCACAAACAGGCGAAAACGUUAUCAUAUUCAAUACUUACCUUAACGUAAUAACCAAUAUUAAAUAAAACAUUAAUCAUAAACAAAGUUUACAUUAACGUACAUCAAACCACUGUAACAUAAACCAGCAAUCAUAGUAGCGGUUUUUCGACACAUAACGGCUUAAUUGAUUGCGCGUCACUAAAGUUUUUAGUCUAUCGGAUAAACCAAGUUUAAAAAUCUUCCAUAUCGGACAUUGACUGUCCGGUAUCCGCUCUGCACAGAGUGGUAUACGACGGCAACGAAAAUCGGUCUGGCAAAGUAUGUCGCAGAAAGGACAGAAGCGAUCGAAUCGUGCCGAUAAUGAUGGACCACCACCGAACAAGAAACGCAAGGGCCGCCCAGCGGUGUCGUCAGUGGAGGACGACAACUCGCUUACGUCCAACACCGGUGGUCCGACGACGCCAACUAAGAACUGGCAACCAAGGGCGGUCAUCGACCUUAAGAUGUCCAGCAUCUAUAACCGUACUGCACCGGAAGCACCGGCUGAACUGUUUAGGAAGGAUCUAAUCAGUGCUAUGAAGCUACCCGACUCCGAACCACUCGCAGCUGAUGAAUACUGGGUUAUUAAUGACCAGUGGAAACAGGAUUGGGAGCGUGGCGUACAAGUUCCGGUGAAUCCUGACUCCUUACCGGAACCAUCUGUAUCAUUUUUACAAGAAAAUCAUUACAAAAAGAGACAGGAUUUUAAGCUACCCAAAAACAAAUAUAUUCGGAUUACAAAAGAUGAAUCAUUCUCACACGAUCAGCACUACUUAUCGAACACGCCAGCCAUUUCUGAACAAGUGUGUUACUACGAUCUCGAUCGAUGUGACGAGGCGUGGUUGAAGAUUUUCAACGGAGAAAGGAAUCUAGCCGGACUGGUGCCAGUGACAGACGAGCAGUUUGAGAGGGUUGUUGAAGAACUAGAAGUUCGAUGUUGGGAUAAAAUCCAGGCAAUCAUGAAGAGCGAAGAAGGUCUUGGCAUUGAGUACGACGAAAAUGUGAUUUGCGAUGUUUGUCGGUCGCCGGACUCUGAGGAAGCGAAUGAGAUGGUGUUCUGUGAUAAUUGCAAUAUUUGUGUGCACCAAGCUUGCUACGGGAUUACUAACAUACCGUCUGGUCAAUGGAUGUGUCGAACGUGCUCCAUGGGUCAGAAACCGGACUGUGUACUGUGCCCAAACAAGGGCGGUGCGAUGAAGUCCACUCGGUCCGGUCAGAAGUGGGCUCAUGUUUCCUGUGCUCUUUGGAUACCCGAAGUCAGCAUUGGUUCCGUAGAUCGUAUGGAACCUAUUACGAAAAUCUCCAGCAUACCGACCAGCCGAUGGGCACUAAUCUGUGUACUCUGCCGGGAACGGGUAGGUGCCUGUAUACAGUGUUCGGUGAAAACCUGUAAAACGGCAUACCAUGUGACAUGCGCCUUUCAACAUGGACUGGAGAUGCGUGCAAUUAUCGAGGACGAGAACGCCGAGGAUGGAGUCAAACUUCGCUCGUACUGUCAGAAGCACGGCGUCCAUAAAGGUAAACGUGAUAAUAAAAAUUCCAACAACAAUACGGGCUCGGCAACCGACGAUGAAACUGUCAGCUGUGGGGAGGUGAAACGAAAGAAACGCAAAGACAUGACCUCAGAGGAACGUAAUCAAGCGCGGGCUCAACGCAUGCAGGAAAUAGAAGCUGAGUUUGAUAAGCAUGUUAGUGUUAAAGAUAUUAGUUGUCAUUUGUUAGAUGUUGAUCAGGAAGCUAUUCAUUACAUUUAUAACUAUUGGAUAUUGAAACGCAAAUCCGGUCAUAAUCGUCCUCUCUUACCACCUAAGACCGACGAUGUGGAUAUGGUUGCCCAAAAUCAGGAACAGGCGGACGAUUUAGAGAAAAUGAAAAUGUUCGUUCACCUGCGACAGGAUCUCGAACGGGUUCGUAAUCUGUGCUACAUGGUUAGUCGGCGGGAGAAGUUGUCUCGCUCAUUUUUCCGCAUGCGGGAACAGACAUUUCACAAACAGAUCGCUUCCCUGUGUCAGCGGACAACUGAUAAGAAAACUUUAGACGAAUCUACAAUCGAUGUUAUUAUGCAAGCGAACCACGGUCCUACGAUAUAUGAUAGACUUUAUUCAAGUGAUUCCGUUAGUAAUAGGGCAGUACUGAGUUUAGAGGAUAUGUUAGAGCGUAUAAUUGGUGUACAUAGUAGUAGCAGUUCUGGAAGCAGCAGUAAGAUUAAUAACCGUAAACAACAGCAGUCGCAGCAGCAACAUCAAGCAAAAGAAAAGGAAAAUGUUGGUGCUAGCAAUAAAAAACCUACAGACAUUAACGGAUUAAACAAAACCACCCAUCAACGGCAGACGAUCAACAAACAGGAUAACAAACGAACAUACAUCAACGGAGUCGCACGGCGAAGUAUUAGCGAUAUUUCUAGUGAGAGUGAGGCUCAGUCGCGACGAAACAUGACCACAAGUGCUAGCUCUGCAGAAGAGGAGGAUGUUAAAAAGAGUUCGCCACCGGCAACAAAGAAGAAAGCACGCCAAACAAAAGCUGCAGAUCGCAAGCGAAGAAAAGUUGGCUCAUCAGCUGAGAAAACCCGCACCAAUUCGAUGGCUAGCUCGAGCGAAGACGAAGGUAACGUUCGCCUGAAACCCGUGGCCGGUAUAACUGAGAUUCCACAAACUAAGAAAAGUAAUCAAUCACGAAACCAAUCACUACGACAAAUGGAGCGGGAGUUGGUUGACGAUCGAAUGCAUCUAUCGGAUUCAAACGAUAGCGACGAGAUUGUACCAAUUGUGCCACGUAGUGGUAGUCAGUCUGGGGUACAAAAUACCUACGCAAAUAAGAACAUGUUGCACAUCUAUUCUGAUUCGGAUAGCACCGAUAAGGAUAAGACUGAUAAUACUGCUAGCGAUUCGCAGCAACAUCCGUUCCGUACCAAAGCAGCUAUGAAAGAGUUUAAUCUAGCCGAAGCGGACAAACUCAAGCAGAAGUCAGUUUCACCGGUGAAAACCUUGAAAACGGCAACUGCAACAUCGACCAUAACAUCAGUGUCUGUGGGACCUCCAGCUUCUGUUCAAACAAAAGCUGAAACGAAGAAGACAUCUGCAGAACAAGUCAGUGCGAUAGUAACACCGGCAGCUAAUAGCAGCAGCAGUAGUGGUUAUGGUUCAACGAACAAAACUAACAAAGAAAGUGGUACCACCGCAAGAAGAAAGCAGGAGAAGGAAAAGUCUGCUAAUAAACCGAACAAGAAAGAGUUUUCUACUGACUUCCUCGUCGUGCCUCAGCGUGAGGCUGCCAAGAAAGCCUCUGAAAAUUUGAUGAAAACCAACCUGGCCGCACCAGUGCAAUCCUCCCUGCAGGUUACUUCCAACGUCAGUCAACCGUCAACUACCAAAAAAGAGGUUAAAGAAGGUCGAGAUGCUGUAUCUAGUAGUAGCAGUAGUAGUAGCAGCAGUAGUUCCAGUAGUAGUAGUAGCAGUAGUACUGGAAGUACAAGUUCCAUUAGCAGCACUGGGAGCAACAGUAGUACUAGUAGUAGCAGUACCAGUAGUGGUAUUAGUACAGGCAGUGGAACAAAAGACAUUGAAGUUAAAGUUGCUGCUAACAACAACAGUAAACAAACGAGAGAAAUUGUGUCUGAAGUGCCCCAAAAAGUUACAGCUGUCGCGAAAAGAAGUAAUAGCAAACCUAUCAAACAGCAACCCCAAUCGGUAGUUGAACCAACACCAAAGCUAUCGAGUGACAAAGACCGACAUGUAGAAAAAGAUAAGCGAGACAAAAUACCAACCAGGGAAAAAACAGCACAGACUAACCGCGAAGAAUCAGAAAAAGAUAAGGCGAUCGUCGAAAAAUUGCGAGAAAAUUCCAAAGAAGCAUCAUUAGUUGAUAUGCUGGCCUAUGUACCUCAACGUCAAGCCGCAAAGAAAGCCGCAGAACACAUUAAAAGCGGCAUGGGAAAACCGGCAGAAGCAACGGCUGCUACUCCAGUACCAAUAUCGGUGCCGACUGCUACAGAAGAACAAAAAACAAAAGCUUCAACGAAGGCGGUCCUUUCUAGCUCAACAAGUAGGAAGGAAGAAAAGAAAGUAUCUACCACUUCCAGUAGCUCAAGCUCAGAAACUAGUUCAUCGUCAUGCUCUAGCUCUAGUAGCUCGGGUUCGGAUAGCGACGAAGAGGAGGAAGAGAACGACAGCAAGAAGACAGCUGGAGCUCCGUUAUCAAAUAAAGCUGCUACUACAGCGGCUUCCAAAGGUGCUCCAGCGUCGCUUACUGGUAAAACGGUAUCAAGUGCCGUACGGAAAACAGACCGACAGAUGCCCUUUCUUGACAAGAGUAAAUCUUCCGAGUCUGGUUCCAGUUCUUCCUCGUCUGACAGCGAUUCCGACUCCAGCAGCAGUCAGAGUGAUGACUCGACGCGAUUACAAACUAAAGAUAGCAGAAGGAAAACCGUCACAUCGAAGCGAGAAGCUAGUCCCAAGAAGCAAAUCUGUCGUAAGGAAUUCGAGUCCGGAAAGAAACAAAUGGCAGCUACAGCAGGAAGCAAACCUGCGGCGAAUGCAGCCUCACGUCCAACUGAUAAGGCUACAGCUGCCGCUAAAAGAGAAUCGCAAUCUCCAGUUCAGGAUAAAGCCGCUAGUACUGCCACUGGUUACAGAGAGCACAGCAAGGUUUCGACCGUACCCGUCGAAUCUAAGUCGGGAAGUGGCAGCAGCAUUGCAUCCACAAAAUCUGCACUACCCGUCAAAGAUGCCAAAAUGCCUCACGAUCGAUCCAGAGCUGCUGACUUGCUCAAAUCGGGAGAUCAUUCUAAGAAUGUCGCUAGUAGUAAAAUGAUUCCAAAUCGUCGCAACUCAUGCCUCGUGACGACCAAUGAUGUAAAACCUAUUGCAGUAGUCGCGGACGCAACUAGUACUACCAGUAAGUUUGCAUCGCUUCGAGGUCGACGCAAAUCUGUUUAUGUAGACUUCGAACGGGAACGAAAGGAAAAGGAGCGGUUGGCGGCCGAAGCAGAGAAGAUGAUCAAGGAAGAGCAGCAGAAAAAGAAAGCCACGGUUGCUGCGAAGACAACGGCUACUCAAAGAGUUGCAGCUGAAAAAGCCGCAGCCGCUGAGAAGGCAGCAACCGCUGAGAAGGCAGCAGCUGCUGAGAAGGUAGCAGCUGAUGAGAAGGCAGCAGCAGCUGAGAAGGCAGCAGCAGCUGAGAGGGCGGCAGCAGCUGAGAGGGCAGCAGCAGCUGAGAAAGCAGCAGCAGCUGAGAAGGCAGCCGCCGCUGAGAAAGCGGCCGAAGCUAAAAAAGCGGCUGCAGCUGAGAACGCUGCAGCUGCUGAAAAAGCAGCAGCUGCCGAGAAAGUGGCAGCUGCCGAGAGAGCAGCUGCUGUUGAGAGGGCAGCUGCAGCCGAGAAGGCAGCGGCCAUUGAGAGUGCAGCUAUUGCGGAAAAAGAAACUGCCGAACAAGCUAGGACCCUUGAGAGAACUGCCAUUGUAGAGAAGGUAGCGACAGCUACAGUAUCCCCUAUAUUGUCAGUUUCGCCAUCUGUUCGGAAUCAGAGAACACCUCGAAGGGAACAGGAAAUACCAGGUCGAGGCGAAAAACCGGAUCGUUGCAGUAAUCGUCGUGUUGGCCGAAAUGAAAAGGAAGAUGUAAUACUCAUUGACGAUUCUUCAUCGCGAAGCAGUAGUGGCAAGAAGGAAGAUGAUAUUGCAGGAAUUCGAAAUUCUCCUUUAAUAGUCGCAACUACCGACAAAGAGAAAGAAAAAAUAUUGAUGAUUCCAGAAACUCUUUCGCAGAGCCGAGUAAAAACCGAUGAAAAGCAGGAGGAUGGUGGUGUGAAUGUCAGACCAAUUAGUAGCACUGGCAGUGAUAAAUACUCAAAGAUUCCAAAUACUAGUGACAAAAUUAACCUAAGUGGUAAUGAGGGUUCAAUUGGAAUCGACAUUAAACAUAUUGCGGAAGAACAGAAAGCUGACAUUAAAUUACCGGUUGCCAUAAGGGAAAAAGGAUCUUCUAGCAGCAAGGAGAAAUCAUCAAAUUCACUGGUUGACAGCAAGAAAGAUAUUGAGAUCAUAUCACUAGUGGAUGAUUCCAGAUCGAAUGAUGGUCGCGACGUUGUUAUAGUGGAAGAUGGCUCGAAUGAUGCCAAAGUGGAGAAGAAAAACGAGGUUGCCAAAGUGGAAGAAGAUAAAAAAGUAUUUUCUAGUGAAGCGUUGCAAUCAGUAUCUGCACCUCAGACUGCUGCGACGAGUGAAUCCUCUAUUGCGGCAGUCGAGGAAAGAAAGCAAUUUGAGUUAGAAUCGCUGGCCAUGGCUGCCGUUCCCCAGUCGAAUAUUCCCGUCACCUUAUCGUCUUUCCAAGCAGCUCCAAACAUGGACAACAUUCCAACUACCACAAACAGUAUGAGCAACAUUAUGAACAAUUUCACCAACAGUAAUACCAAUAACAGUAGCAAUAAUUUGGCACCCAAGGAUGCUGGAUUGAACACUACUGGUGGUUUGUGUCAGUCGAUAUUCGACUUACUAUCGCUGCCGGCCGUGAGCGAAUCGGUUUCGGAUGAUACGUUUGGUUUGAAUCCGCCUUUGAAUUUUCCUUUUAUGGAAGAUGGCAAAGAAGAUACCCAACGAGAAACACUCAAUCUUGUUGAAAAACUAAGACAAAAGUACAAGAAAGGUACCAGCGUUGGUCAUGAUCAUAAGCAGGAUGAGAGCAAGGAUUCUCGUUCCGAAAUCAUAUCAUAUGAUGAUGUGAAGCUUUUUGAAACUGUUGGUCAACCAGUUGCAUUGGACUACAAUACCAGUAGUAAAGACAUUCCUGCAAUUGCACAAGCACUCGAGAAAAGUAAACCCAACAACGAUGUGGAGUACUACAAGUACAACUCGACUGAUGACGUUGCUAACUCUUUGCAUCACAGUAAGAAGAACUUGAAAGAGGAUCACCUGGAUCACCUGACAACCAGACCGUCCGACGAGCGUUGGGUACCUCCAUCAAUGUUGCAAGACCACAACCAACAACAGCAACAACUACCUGCCACGAUCAAUGAUAAUCGAAGAAUGCUUCACCAACAGCAACCACAGCCUCCCAGCUGUAUGGAAGCAGCAACUUUGCUCAACAAUCAAUCCAGUUCGAGUAACAACCAGAAACAACAGUCGCAUAUAAGUGCGCAAGUGUCAGGUUUAUUUGACAGCAUGGUGCAACAGCAGACCAAUCAUCACCAUCAUCAGUCACAGCACUCGCAUCUCGACGAUAUCAACCAGUUGCCCGAAUUGGACUUUAUGCAGACCAUCAAAAGUGUUGCCAAUCAAAGUGAAGCUACCUCAAUGCUGUUUGAAAACUUACAGCAGCAGCGUCGUUGGAACGAUAUUAUGCCGAAUCAGAAGAAACAUGAAUGUUCCGUUAUGCAGGAAAAAGAGAAUAUGUUGCUCAAACAACAACAACAGCAACACGAUCUGAACGCCAAUAAUCAUCGCAAUAAACUCAAUGAUCUCAACAACUUUAUGGAUAUCCAAAAUCAGAUGCCGCAAUCUCAACCUCCACAGCAACAGCCUCAGCCACCAAACAGUUUGAAUCCGCUGGAACAGUACAAUUUCAACGAAACCUCGCAGUAUCCUGGCGCUGUAGCUCUGUUCCCACCGACCAAUGUACAGGUUCCCUUCCCAUCACCUGGUGCUGCCAUGUUUCCUCCGAAUUUUGCCUCAAAUUUCCAAUCUGGCAAACCGCAACAGCAACCGCACCAUCCAAUGCUACCAACUGCUGCAGCUGGAGGUCAACAACAACAGCAGCAAUCGGCGGCAUCUAUUCAGCAACCUGCGACAGGAACUCGUGGCGGUGGUAAGCCAGAUGAAAUGUCAACAGCCAACAAUCUGUGCGGCGCAACAUUUACCUCAUCAUCACAUAACUUGGCGUUGACAGAAACUAUUGUAUCGCCGCCAACGCCUCAGCAACAGAAGCAACCAAUGACACCACAGAUGGCUGCAUCACCGUUGUCUGCCAUGGUAUCACCCAACAAUCAACAACAUCCAACUCCAGAGCAUAACUUCAUGAUGAACCAUUCUCCAGCAAUGAUAGGACCACAGACACCACAGAUGCAACAACAGCGAACACCGCAACAAGAUAGUGCGGGCAUUCUGCAGUCAUUGGAUCAAAACAGUGUACCUAAGAAAUCACCUACCAAAUCCUCGCGAUCUUCCUCACGCAUUCAAAAUCAAGGCAACGACUCGUCAAUUGCAUUGGGUCAAAUGAAAUCCCCGAAUAUUAGUCCGGGGAAAAGUCCGAAAACGUACGAUCCCAAGCCUCAGCAGUCGCAACCACUUGCAGACUCAUUACGUGGAAAACCAUUGAAACCCGAAGGUGGUGCAAAGCGGGGACCACGAGGACCACGAACAAACAACAUAAAUCAGCGAGGUGCUAUUUCCGGGAAAGGCAAACAUGGAAGGCAAGGUCGCGGUGGUCGACAACAGAUCAGCUUUAUGCCACAGCUAUCGCAUAAUGACUAUAACGACUUUGUAGGUGGUACAAUACACACCAAAUUAAUCGGAACAGUGUACGAUCCGGAUUUUGAUGAUGAUUUGGCGUGCAACAGCAUGGAGAAACUGCGAGAUAUGCGAGAUCGAAGGCGAUCGAUUGACUGUCGUCUUCAGGACACGUUUCGAGCAUCGCGCGAACCUUCAAAGUCACCAAAAUUCCCAAGCCUUAAUCUAUAUUCGUCGCAAACUAGUACCCUUGGAACAAAACAAAAUCGAUCUUCUUUCACACCAACUUCACUACCACCUAAUCUGAACUCGGGAAUUGUGACCAGAGCUGAUAUUAGUGUGACACAACCCAGUGUCAGUACUAGUCUACAGGACAUGGUCCAAACGGUGCUUCCAGGUCCUGUCGACAUGCGGACUUAUAACAGUGGUUUCGAUUCUUCUACCAACACAGAUGCCUACAAUAAUCAUUUGCUCGGAGCAUUUGCUAGUGGUACGGCUGAUCAAACGCUCGCCGAUAUCGAUGAAGAUAUGGAAAACGAGCUGCAAUCGGCUUUGAAAGCCAGUAACAAUAAAGUUGAUACGACGCCUCCAGCGUCUGUGACGUUGGCACAGGCAGUUAUUUCUCAUCAUUCUUCUAGCAUGACGACAACAUCGCUAUCGUUGUCCUGCGUAUUAGUAUCUGCAGUGACAACCCUGCCUACUGUAAUAGAACCAAUUGAGCCACCUCAGGAAGAAACCAACGAUUCCGAUAGCAUCACAACAAAAGUUUCCCUUUCGGAUUCGCGGAACAUCAUGAAACUGAAGAUCAAGGGACCAUUGGCACAGUUGGACAAUAGCUCGUCGUCUUCUACUACUACUCUGCAGCAAUCAAGCGUGAUGGAAUCGAGUUUAAAUGUUCCGAUCAUGUCAACCCCGUUGACAGUAAAUGUUGGCGCUGGCUCGUCCAAUCUGAGACGAAUGCGUAAAAAAGAGUUGCUACGACAAUACUGGACUCAGGAUAUGAACCACGACGAUCAGACGGGUCUGCAAGUGGUAGAUCAGAAUCCUAAUCUGUCGUUGACGACCGCAAUCAGCAGAACGGUGGGUAUACCAAAAGCAGUCGAUUCGCUAUGUACGAUGCCAACCAGAGAUGACUACAAAGAUUACGGAGGAGUAGAUUUUAAGAAAAGGAAGAAGCUUUCGUCAAACAUGUCACGAGAGCUGCGUGGGCUGGUACCUACGGAACAUGAUAUUAUGGAACGACGACGGAGUGUUGGUUCUACUGGAAGCAACGGGUCGACGAGUAAUCUGACGGUGGAUGUUCCACCAGUGGUGAAGCGACGGUCACGAAACAAUCGGACGGCCACAGUUACUGCAAUGAAUCAGCCGCAGGCGGCUCCCAAACUGAAGAUCAAAAUUGGUUCCGAUGUGAUGGAGGCUUCCGGUUCGUACAGUGAUCGAAUCCGCCCACCGAAGAAACGACUCGCAACAAUGGCGCCCCCUAGUUUAGAAGAUUUACGACGUGAUGCGAUGAUGUUUGCUGAACAGAUGAUGUUCGACGAUGAAGAGGAAGGCCGAAAGGCGAAAAAACACAAAAAUAAAGAUAAGGAGAGGGAUCGAGAGCACAAAAAACGUAAGAAGGAAAAGAAGCACAAAAAAGAUAAGGGUGAGAAGCUGGAUAAAGUAGAGAUCAUCAAUAAAUCGGAGGAGGCGCCCCGAAUUGUCAUAAGGCUAGGGGUUAAAAAACCGCCAAUUGAUGAAACGAUGAGUGUUCCGCUGCUGGAUCCGACUCAAAGUCAAGCGAAUUCCCCGGAAACAGAUCCAUUAGCUAUAGAUCUGGCCGAUUUGCAUAAUAGUAACGACAGCAGCAACUGCAGUAGUGGCCACGUGAAACCUAUGAUAACACCGAUCCGGCUGAAAUUGGCAAGGAAUUCAUCUGGAGGAGGAUACAUAAUGUCUUCGAAGAAUAAACGUCUCACAGGGGAUCAACAAGAGCAAUUGAAUAGACAUCUAUCGGAAUCUUGCGAAGAGACUAAAACUUUGAACAUUGUACUACCGAGGCUGGAUAUUCCGCUGAAUACAGAAACUAUCGAUUUGAGUGUUGCUCCUCCGUCCAUCGGUGACUCCACUCCACCGAAUUUCAGCAGUUUAGCUCAUUCGGAUCGGGAUCCCCCCUCCCCAAUAGAUCUACUUCCAUCGUUGGAAUCGUUCAAAACAGUCGAUCUAAGUGCAAUGUCUUCGUUUACUUCUUCCACUAACACUGCCUCUACCAUGUCUUUCAACAAUACCCUCGGUGGUGGCAAUAGCAGCAGCGCGACAACGUUCAAUCCAUUUGGGGGUUUUAUUCCACAGCAACAACAACCGCAAUCCCAGUUGCAGCAACCGCAACAGCACGAGUUGACAGCGACUGCCAAAGAUUGUGAAGUGAGAUGACGGUUUAUGUAAAUAGUCGUGUAAAUGUUUUAUUGUGCAAAUCUCUCCAGUCAAAUUGUGUAUAUUAUUUUCCUGUUGGUACUUUUUUUUAACUAGUAAGAUGUGUUAAUAUUUUUGACGUUCAAGCGAAACAAAAUCGUGAAUGAAACUAUUUUCUCGCUCCUUCGAGGCGAAUAUUUUUGUUUUGUAUAGAUUUCUACUUUUAUGCAUGUUUUCUGUGACAGAUGACGGUACAUAAAGUUUAUUUUGUUUCGAGAA